GUCGAGUGACAACGUGUCAGAGGGGGGCCGCCAGCGCCGCCAGCCAGCAUUGAACUCAGUCUGACUCGGACCGUCGUACGGUGUGCACGUGUUAGUAAUACAUAGAACCUGUGGCUAGUGAGUGAUGUGCUGACUCGUGUGGUGUUUACUGUGGCAUAUUUACACUGGAGAAGGAUAAUAUACUGUGGAGCAACAUGCUCACUUCUAGUAAUCAGUAUUUGAGACCGGAUUAUCUGUCGCCUUUGCCGACCACGCUCGACGCGAAAAAGAGCCCGUUGGCACUACUCGCACAGACCUGCAGUGCGAUCGGCGCUGACACACCCAACCCCAAGCUGAUAUCUGCCGCGGAAAAAGCGAGCAAAAAAUACGAAGACAAACCGAUGCAUGUGGAUAACAAACCGAGUUUUAAGCCUUACGAGUCGUGCCUGACGAGAGAAAAGACUAGAACGCCCGAAGACAGGUCUGCUUCGGUUAACGCUCAUCCUAAAACACCGUCAUCUAAAGGCAGCGCCUCGACGACUCCCGUUCAAGCCCGAUGCCAUAGCAACCAAAGUUCUUCAUCACAGAGAACGUCACCUCCGGCUCAUCGCAAAACACCGUCGGAAAAAUCGGAUGAGAGAUCAAGUCCACUAAACUCACCCGCUCAAACCAAAUCAAGUUCAGAAUCUAGCUCAUCUGCGAAGUUACCAUAUCCUCACACUAGUUUAGCGUCCACCGCUGACACCAAAGAACCCUCAAGUUUUAAACCCAGCAUACCGGUCAGUUCUUCAGCUUUCCUCGGUGGAUUGCCUCCUACCGGAUUCCCGUUGCAUAUGGAUUUAAUGACGAGUAGCAUAAUGGCAGCUCAACACCAAGCUUUAAAAAACGGAUUGAAUCCUUAUCUUGCCUAUGCCCGAAUGAAAGCUCCCGGCGGCGAUCUAGGUAUGUGUAGAGAUCCAUAUUGCACCGGAUGCUCUCUAAGUUCGCAUUUAUUAAAGUCCGCAGUAUGUCCAGCUGGCUGUGCCCAAUGUGAUCAUGCUAAAACUCCGUUUCCAUUACCAGCGAACCAUCCAGCAGCGGCGGCAUACGCUCACGCACAGCUAGCGGCUCUCGCUGCCGCAUCUCAACUACCAUUCGUGUGCAGUUGGAUGGCCGGUGACUCUGCAUACUGUGGCAAAAGAUUUGCAACUUCCGAAGAAUUGCUGCAACAUUUACGGUCCCACACGGCUAGUGGUGAAUCCAGUCCUAGUCUGUCCAUGCUAAGCGCCACUCAUCCGCUCCUCCAGAGGACGUACCCGACACCGCCUCUAUCUCCGCUGACUCCUCGUUUCCAUCCAUACAGCAAGCCCUCCCACCUGGUGUCCUCACCGCCUCUGCCGUUUCCACUCCCGCCACAUCCAUCGCUAGCGGCGUAUUUCCCCUCUUAUCCCCUCUUCGGACCGCGUCCUCUUCACCCUUGAGGACCGUCGGCGCUCCACGCAAACAAAAAGGGGGGCGCCGACAACUAACGCCCACGCCAAAAGGACAUUCGGAACUGAAGAAAGUGUAAAUAUAAGAUAGUGUUCUUCUAGUUUCUAGUCGGCUCAUAUCAAGAACGGACAUGUAAACCCUGCGGGGUGCGACAGCUGUGAUCUCUAACUUGUAAUAUUGGUAAUGUUUUAGUGCACCGACUGCGUCUGUGUCCGCUAUCGCUUCGUCCGAGCGCGGUUAUAAUUUUCUAGUUAGACUAACAGAAUUUUAUGUACCAAAUAAAUAAUGUAAUUUAAUUAGUUUGUAAUUUAAGUUGUUGCAAUUAUUUAGUGAGGAUUGUUAAUUGUGUUUCUAUUUUUAAUAAUAAUGUGUGUAUCAUUUGGCAAAAUAUUAAUCAACACGUAUCUUUGCGACUAUCGAAUACGAUCAUACUGCGGUUGGUUGAUUGUUUAAUCAAUUAUAUAAUUUGGUAUUUCUGUCCAUGCGUUAACUUUGACCUCGAUGCUUGUCGCUAUGGCACAAUUGUAAUAGAUUUCAAAGUAAAACUUACAUUUAAAUAAAAGAAAGCUAAAAUACACUGUUUGUACUAGAAUCUAAAUACCCUAAUAGAUGCAAUAAGUAUCUGUUGACGAGAGUUUGUUGUUAAAGCGUACAUAAAAUGAAAAUAUACGUAAAUAUUUAAUUUCA